AAACCCUACAAAAUUGAGAGAGAGAGAGAGAGAGAGAGAGAGAAUGGCGCGAGGGUCGACGACGAAGAAGCGCAAGAACAAAGAAGAAGAUGCAGACGAUCCAAGGUCGGAGGUGGCUCAGCGGAAGAGGCUGAAGACGCUGGCAUAUACGAACAAGCUUGUUUCGGAGAUCCCAGCUAGGCCUCAUGCGCCUCUCCGGCCUUCCAACGCCGUCGUUAAGCACCACGGCAAAGACAUUAUCAAGAAAUCUCAGCGCAAAAACAGGUUCCUCUUCUCAUUCCCCGGCCUCCUCGGCCCCAUUGGAUCCGGCGGUAAGAUCGGCGACCUCAAGGAUCUGGGCACCAAGAGCCCUAUCCUCUACCUCGAUUUCCCUCAGGGUCGGAUGAAGCUGUUGGGGAGCAUUGUGUUCCCCAAGAACAAGUAUUUGACACUGCAGUUUCCCAGAGGUGGAAAGAGUGUCAUGUGUGACGACUACUUUGAUAAUAUGAUUGUAUUUUCUGAAGCAUGGUGGAUUGGGACAGCAGAAGAAAACCCAUAUGAAACCCAACUUGAUUUCCCUAAAGAACUGAGUGAGGGACACAACACGGAUUAUGACUUUAAAGGCGGUGCAGGCUCAACAUCUCUAGUUAAGAAUUCAAGUGACCAGAAAAAGGAAAUUACAUAUGUAGACAAACAUUCUCCAGAUUCUGAGCUUGAACAUAAUUUCUCUGAUGAUGGAAACAAAGAUUUGAUUGAAGUAACACCUGUUCGUCACUCGGCAAGAACUGCUGGAAAACGAUUCAAUUUUGGAGAAGCUUCUUCUGGAGAUGAUUCUUUUGAAAGCAGUGCUGACUUACGCAAAGGAGAAAAUAACAAGAUUGGGGGACUCGAUUCAUCAUCCAGGAAGCCUGCUGAUGGAAAGACUGAAAAUCUCGGCAUUGAAGAUGUAAACAUUGUUAAUGAGGAUAAUUCAAAAAAACAUUCUCAUUCUGCCUUUUCAGUGACUGUAUCUAAGGACUCUCAUAGUAAUCAUGGUCCUCUGGUUCAGGCUACUAUAUCUACCUUGUUCAAGAAAGCGGAGAAGAAGAAAGUGGGAUCCAGUUCACCAAGUCAAGUACAAACUCCUCACACUCUUAAAACACCAAGAAAUACAAGGAAAGCAGCACCUCCAAAAGUCUCUGGAGAGAAGUUGCUGCAAUCUCAUUCAAAGAGGAAGUCUAAUCAGGAUGGAGGACCUAGUAAAAAGGGCAACCGUAUCAUGGAAAAAGAUGCUGUGGGCAAAAGCUUGGCAAAGAAAAAGGAAGAUAAGGUUGAUGAUGAUAUCGGAGAGCUCUCAAGUAGUUCACAGGACAGUGAUGGAGAUUGGGCUGCUUGAGCUUUAGCGUUGAUACCAGAUGGUGGAUAUGGAAAGGUUUUGACCUGUGGUGAAUUGGUUGUUGGGGUAACUUGUAGCCUGUUGGUAACUAUCAUGCAGUACUGUACAAAAUUUUUGGAGUUUCAAUGUCAUAACUUUUGAAUUUUUUGACAGAAAAAAACAAGAAGAUCGUUUUGGUAUUCAACUUAUCUUAAGCUUUCCUUUUUCUGCACAG